AGUAUAUACGAUAUUAUAGGCAUUUAAUCACUUAGUGUAUCCAAAAAAUAAUCCGAGCAAAGCUCGGUUGCCCAGCUAGUUUUUUGAAUGAAUAAUUGUAUUGGUGUGUAAUUACACUAUAAAUACCAAAUUAUUUAUACCUAGAUAUUUUCUUUUUAUAGAGAAGAAAAGCAUAAAGAGCCAAAAAAAGAGCUUAAAAAAAAAGAAAUUGUGAAUAUCAAAGGGCAUUUUAUCAGCGUCAAAAAGAUUUGAAGAAAAAAAAAUAAAAAAAGCACCAAAAACAAAUGCUGAACGUCAAAUCGUACGUGGAUAUGUAAUUUGAUUUAAUAAUAUUUAAAAACAAAUUGUAAUAUAUGCCUCAGUAUUAUUUGACUUUACGAUUUCCUCAUUUUUUUCACACGAAAAGACGAAAAUUGUGCAGUAAUGAAGAGAAUGUCGUGCAAGGUAGGGCUGUAACGCUACAGGAAAUGGUGCUGUUGGGAAAUUGGUACAUCUAGAAUUUGAUGAAAGUAACACAUUAAUUAGAGUUUGGCUGGAAUUUCUGUGGUUCAGAUAAAGUGGGUAGAAAAUGGGCAAUCGGAAAUAGGCAAUCUCGCUGUUCCCAUUGAAUUACAAACAGCAAAUAUUUCAUAUUAACAUCGGAUGGAAAAUGUAUAGCCAAACGCAAACAUUUUCCAUUAACUUCAGCUCUUGCUCUAACUAUACAUAAGUCGCAAGGUGGAACUUUUGACGAAAUAUUAUAUGAGUAUAGAAAGCACAUUCUCAGGAACUCGUUUAUGUUGCGCUCUCUCGGGUGACUACUAUUGAUAAAUUGUAUAUCACGACAAAAAACUAUUAUUAUACAUUCAAGUUUUAUCAUAAUCGAAAGCAAGCUGCGUCGACUGCAUCUUUGUUGCAAGAAUUCAAAAGACUGUCUUUAAAAUAUAGUGUUAAGACGAUAGCUCAAAGUGUAUUAGAUUUCAUUAGCUAUAGAAAUGGCAUUUCAAUAAUGACUUUCAACUGCCAAAGUCUAAAUAGUCACAAAUACGAUUUACAAAGCCCUAUCCACACACUUGACAAACAAUGGCAAACAGCAAACACGGACGUGUGGAUGGGUGUUUGUGGUUGUUUGCCUGUUUGUGUUUGUGAUGGGCAGUGUUCGGCAUCGGUGUCGGUUUUUCUUGCCAGAUUAAAGGAUGUUUGGCAAACAGUUUGCGACGUAUCCACAUGUUUGGCAGCGUUCAGUAAUGCGCGCGAGCUUGCGGGAGGCGGACGUAUUUUCUUGCUACACUUUUUCGUUGGCGCGCAAAGCGUAAAAAAUGUCUGAUUGGUCAGCAACUACGAUUCUGACAUUUUUGGAGGCUUAUCAAAAUGAGCCAUGUCUCUGGAAUCCCAAAGAUGCCGAUCACAAAGCCUCUCGCCUCAGCAUUAUAAUGAAUAAAAGUGUCAAGGAAUUGAAGACCAAAAAAGAAAUACUGAUGGCUACGUUCCGCAGACAUUUGAAGAAAAAAAAAGAUUCUAUUCGGUCCGGUGCAGGAUCCGAUGAUGUUUAUACACCGGUCUGGUUUGCUUAUGACCUGAUGGAGUCAUUUUUAAGACCGGUAUAUACCUGCUCAAAUAACGUAAAUUCAGAGGAAAGAGCAUUGCCAGAAGAAAAUGAAACUGCAGCUAUAGAGGACGUAGAAGUUGUUGAAAAUAGAGAUUUAGAACAGCCUCUCCCUACACCAAAACCAGUGCGCCGUCGUCCAGCUACCGACACAGCGGAACGGCAAAUGUCGUCUGCAUUUGGACAGUUGACCAAUAUUUUAAGCAAAAGACAGAGGGAAUAUCCACCACCACCACCAAAAGAAGACGACGACUGCGAACUUUAUGGAAAAUUACUAGCGAAAAAACUGCGUGAACUUUCACCGGAUGAGAGGAAACUAUUUAUGUAUAAUAUAGACACAUUGUUUAUAAAUAGAAUUAAAGACAGGCUAUUUAAGCGACAAACCCCAUCUCCCCAAUCAGCCCCUUAUCAGGCAUAUUCUGUGCCAUUACCAAAAACUUCACCAAUUCCAAUACGACCAUCAACUUCCUAAACAUCAUAUUCCGAACCUUUGCCAAAUAAUUCACCAUCGGCUCCAUAUCGACCGUCAUCUUCCGAAACCUCGUAUUCUGAACCUUUGCCAAAUACUUUAGUUUUAGGUUCAAACCAGCUAUCAACCGCCCAAACGUCACAGUAUUUACCAUUGGUAAUCAAUUCACCCCAACCAUUCACUUCUCAAAAUCACGUUUAUUUCAACCAAUCGGGCUCAUCAAAUUCUACUCCUACCAUUCAAAUAAUAUCCAAUGAGUUGAUUUCCCAAAGAACAGAAACAAACCGUGUAAAUGAAGCUUUAAUUAAAGCUUAUGAAGACUUUGAUCGUGAAAAUUGAGAUAGUUUAA